UGUUUUCUGUAUGCGAGUGUGUGUGUUGAACUGAGCGGAGGUGAAGAAGAGGAGGAUGAAGCUGGGAGCGGAGGAUGGGAGGAAGAGUGGAGUAAGAGACAGGCUAGCUGUGUGUGAAUGUGUGAGUGAGUGAGGAAGAGGAGAGGAAGGUCGUCUGAGGGACCGAAAACAAAGACUUCAAUUUUUGGGGGAUAACCUCCGGAAAAUUACUAACGGAAACUUUCAACUUUUUACCCGCCACAUCUCGGCUUGUUGUGCCCGGAGCCGGCUUUGUUUCACGGCGGGGGUGUCUACGAUAAAUGAAGGAAUAAAAUAGAUCACAAUCGACCUUUUUCUACCCAAGCGGGGAAUACCCUGGGACUGUUUUUGAUAAAGGUUACGAGAGAAUGGCGGCUAACAUGUACCGAGUGGGAGAUUAUGUGUACUUUGAGAACUCCUCCAGCAACCCUUACCUGAUCCGCAGAAUAGAAGAGCUCAACAAGACAGCCAAUGGGAAUGUGGAGGCAAAGGUGGUGUGUCUGUUCAGGAGGCGAGACAUCUCGGGGAACCUCAACACUCUGGCUGACAGCAAUGCAAGAGAAUUCGAGGAGGAGUCGAAGCAGCCGGUCCUGGCUGAACAACAGAAACACCAGCUCAAACACAGAGAACUCUUCCUGUCUCGACAGUUCGAAUCUCUUCCUGCGACUCACAUACGGGGGAAAUGUAAUGUCACCCUCCUCAAUGAAACAGACGUCUUGGCGGGCUACCUGGAGAAGGAGGACUGUUUCUUCUACUCGCUGGUGUUCGACCCGGUCCAGAAGACCUUGCUGGCGGACCAGGGCGAGAUCCGUGUGGGCUCCAAGUACCAGGCAGAGAUCCCCGACAAGCUAGCUGAGGGUGAAUCAGAUAACCGGGUCCACGAGAAGCUGGAGACCAAGGUGUGGGACCCCAACAACCAGCUCAAAGACCCUCAGAUCGACCAGUUUCUUGUGGUGGCAAGAGCUGUGGGGACGUUUGCUCGGGCCCUGGACUGCAGCAGCUCCAUCCGUCAGCCCAGUCUCCACAUGAGUGCAGCCGCAGCCUCCAGAGACAUCACACUGUUCCACGCUAUGGACACGUUGCAGAAGAACAACUAUGACCUGGCCAAGGCCAUGUCCACCCUGGUCCCUCAGGGGGGUCCCGUGCUGUGCCGUGACGAGAUGGAGGAGUGGAGCGCCUCGGAGGCCAUGCUAUUCGAAGAGGCUCUAGAGAAAUACGGCAAAGACUUCAACGACAUUCGCCAAGACUUCUUACCCUGGAAGUCUCUAGCCAGCGUGGUCCAGUUCUACUACAUGUGGAAGACCACCGACCGCUACAUCCAACAGAAACGACUAAAAGCAGCAGAGGCAGACAGCAAACUGAAGCAGGUGUACAUCCCCACCUACACCAAACCCAACCCCAACCAGAUCAUGGUUCCUGGCAGUAAGCCUGGGAUGAACGGGGCAGCAGGUUUUCAGAAAGGACUGAGCUGUGAGAGCUGCCACACGGCCCAGUCUCCUCAGUGGUACGCCUGGGGGCCUCCCAACAUGCAGUGCAGACUGUGCGCCUCCUGCUGGAUCUACUGGAAGAAGUAUGGAGGCCUGAAGACCCCCACACAGCUGGAGGGCGCUGCCAGAGGAGGCUCAGAGUCAGGCCCCCGCGGUCACAUGACACGCCAGGAGGUGCAGGGCAUGUCGCCGUUCACUCGCAAUGAGGGGCGAGCGAAGCUGCUGGCCAAAAACCGUCAGACGUUCAUCCUGCAGACCACCAAGCUGACCCGCAUCGCCCGGCGGGUCUGUGAGGACAUCCUGCAGCCUCGCCGUGCGGCACGACGACCCUACGCCUCCAUCAACGCCAACGCCGUCAAGGCCGAGUGUAUGAUCCGUCUGCCCAAAGCCACAAAAACUCCUCUGAAGAGCAAAGUGGUGCCUCGACAGUCACUGGCCGCCAUCGUGAAGGAUUUAGCCAUCUCUGCUCCUCUGAAACUGAAGGCAUCCAGAGGACCCCCAACCCCCAUCAACAGGAACCAGGCCAGCCAGCCCCGAGUGGGCCAGAGCCUGCUGGGAAAGAGAGGCUUUGACAGCGCUUCAGGGGUGCCCUACCCAGCCAAUGGGAGGCCGUACACCUCAGGUAUGAGAACCACUUCCCAGUCGGUCAUCAAGCGGCAGAAGGUGAGCCAGGGGGAGGCUCCCAACCCCGUGGUGUUUGUGGCUACGAAGGACACCAGGGCUCUGAGGAAACAUCUGACCCAGUCAGAGAUGCGCCGGGCGGCGAGGAAACCUCACCUCCUGGUCCGGAUCAAGCUGCCGCCUCCCCCCCGCUCCCUGGCCAUGCCCCUGCUCCCUUCCAGCACCAGCGAACCCAUCGUCCUGGAGGACUGAAGGGGAGGAUGAUGGACGGGGGGGUCUUUUAUCAGGACACGGGGUCAGGGGGGGGAGUUGGGGAGGGUCUGUGCUCAGGCCGUCAGUUACAGGCAGCACAGUUCGCCAUACCAGUAGUUUUUUUAUUUCCCUCUUUUCAGUGUCAUUUUUCUUUAGUCCUCUGUUGCUUCCCAAAAGUUGAUGUGUCCAACACACACACACACACACACACACACACACACACACACACACAUACACACAUACACUUAAAUGACUGUACAUUUCCAUCAUGUAGAAUGAGCAGACACACACAUCACACACUGACACUCUGGGCUUCGUAGUAUUUUAUUCCAGAUCCUGAAUCAUUUUCUCCCUUUUUAAAGCCGCCUGUUUUUAAAUGUGUAAUUUAAAUCAAGAUAUUUCUCAUCCUAAAACAAUGGUGAUAAAGCACACUGUUCCUCCAUGUCGCUAUCUUUGUGUAAAUAUAUGCAUCAUUUACGGGGUGACACCCACAGUGUGUGAGGAGCUGGAGGAAGGAGACCACAUGAGACACCUGUAGCAGGUAGACGGUCUAAUUUGAUUUGAGGUGAAGAUUCACUCAGACGCUGUUCCACUCUGUUCAGGCAGGAAGAAUCUGAUGUGUUUGAUCCGUCUGCCGCCAUUUUACUCUGUAACUUUCCCAUCAUCAGUGAGGAGCUUCAUCCCAUCUGUGUCCCCCGUCGUAUGGAAGUUCCUCAGUGUCAGAAAUACGGAGUGAGCACAAAACAACUCGAGAGGUGCGGAAGUCGAGGUUUGGGACAGAUGUGAGUGCAGAACAGGAUUAAACGCAGAGUGUGCUCCAUGUUCUGAGUCGGUGAGAGACUGGACUGUUAGAUCUAAGUAAUGUCUUCUGUUUCUACCGCUUAUUUUCCUCUACUAAAGUUAGCAUGCUAACUAGCUAGCCCAGGCCAAUCCCGUCUCAUAAGGGGAACUUUGAGAUAGUGAAGCACUGUAGCAUCCAGUCUGUAUUCUAACCGUCACCUCUACCACACAAAAACACUUUUGGCAGCAGAGAAAACCUGAAUACGUCACCUUUAAAUUAAUAAUAAGUCAUAAUGUUCAGAUUUAUUUUGUAAUUGAUCAAUAGAUUAAUCAUUUCAGUUCUGAUCAGGUUAUUUUCCUGCAUUCAAAAGGCCUUAUUGUCUCUUUAGCCUCAACUGAAUCUUGAAAAUGAUUAACUGUCGUCAAACAAGUGAAAAAUGCACCAAGUUGAACAGUGAGAUGUUUAAAGUCAGGAUUAUGGUGCGUUUACUGACUCCAGAGGUUGAUCAUGACUUCACAGUUCAGAUUUGUUUUGUGCUCACUUGAUAGUUUUGUGACUAUUAAACUUCCACACCGCGUCCUCCUUCAUGACGCAUCACAGUGGGGUUUUUUAAUGCAUUUCCUGUCGCUUGAACGCCACAGUCACCUUCACCUGAACCCCGGCGAGUCUGAACAGUCUGGAGCCAGAGGGGGGGGGGGGGUCUGUAGGUUCACAGUGUAGGAAGGACCAUGUUGUGUUUGAUGACAUUCAAAUGACUGUGGUUACCCGUGGAGUUACCGGCGGUGAUGAGAGAACACGUUUGGCUUUGAGGUGACUUUGAAUCCAAACUGUGUGAAGCCAUAAUGUGGAGAAGCCCUGAGGUGAUGUUAGACUCAAGUCCCAGCAUCUCUGACAGUGUAGUGUUUGUUUGGUCUGAAUGAAGCUGACGCGGUUAUGUCACUGCUCAGUCGAUGAAAGUCUGUUAAUGAAGCAGCAAUAUGUAAAUGUACGGAAGACAAUUAGGGCCAAAAAAUGAGUUCUGAAAUAAAAAAAAUGAAAGAGUCUGAGGUUUAAGUUUUUCUCCAAAUGUUGAUUCAUUCAGAACUUUUUUUUUCACAUGGCCUUAACUCUUUUCUGUAAAUGUUGAUGAUGCAGAAGAGAUGCGACGUUUCUGAUUGGUUGACCAUGUGAAAGGAAUCUAGCUGUCUCGACAUGUGCUUUCAUUUGCUUUGUUUGUUUGAGUUCCCCCUGUUUAUACCAUUAUGAAAGGGUAAGUACUUAAAGGAAGUUGUUAAUUGGAUAAUUAUAAUUCCUGUGUCCCUCAGCCACAGCAGUGAGAGGUUACACUGGGUUUAUAAGCAAGUCUGGUCCCAAUGUGGGCUUUGUAAUAUUUCUCAAAAAAAAAGAAAGAAAUUGAAGUGUUGAAUUUGUAGCAAAUACUAAUCUGUGUAAAGUGAAACUGGCAUAUUGGAACUUUUUUACAUCUAAAAUGUGUAAUUCUGCUCCAUGACUGUGGAGAUGGCUCUAACAGGCUACUGUACAUGUGAAACAUUGCUCUCCUUCAUUGGGGUGGGGGUGGGCUGGUUGUUUGAACCAGGGGCGACAUUGAAAAGGGAGGGGUGCUGAUUUUUGUAUGGUGGAGAGACAAACAUGCUACAAUUGAAAGUUUUUCUCAAGUGUUUUUUAUUCCAAUGUCUCUGUAUCCUUUAAUGUAUCUUGAUAAGAAAAGAAAUAAAGAAUUUUUUUUUCUUUGUGGUCAA